AUGCCCCUGCUGCCCAGCACCGUGGGCCUGGCAGGCCUUCUCUUCUGGGCUGGCCAGGCAGUGAACGCCUUGAUAAUGCCUAAUGCUACCCCAGCCCCGGCCCAGCCCGAGAGCACAGCUGUGCGGCUCCUGAGUGGCCUGGAGGUGCCCAGGUACCGCCGGAAGCGCCACAUCUCUGUGAGAGACAUGAAUGCCUUACUGGAUUAUCACAACCACAUCCGGGCCAGCGUGUACCCACCUGCCGCCAACAUGGAAUACAUGGUCUGGGACAAGAGGCUGGCCAGGGCUGCCGAGGCCUGGGUCACCCAGUGCAUCUGGGCACAUGGGCCUUCACAGCUGAUGAGAUACGUGGGCCAGAACCUCUCCAUCCAUUCUGGCCAGUACCGGUCCGUGGUGGAUCUCAUGAAGUCCUGGUCUGAGGAGAAGUGGCAUUACUUGUUUCCGGCCCCGAGGGACUGUAACCCACACUGCCCCUGGCGCUGCGAUGGCCCCACUUGCUCCCAUUAUACCCAGAUGGUGUGGGCAUCCUCCAAUCGGCUGGGCUGUGCCAUCCACACCUGUAGUAGCAUCAGCGUCUGGGGCAACACCUGGCAUCAGGCGGCAUACCUGGUCUGCAACUACGCCAUUAAGGGCAACUGGAUUGGCGAGGCCCCGUACAAGAUGGGAAAGCCAUGCUCUGCCUGUCCCCCCAAUUAUCAAGGCAGCUGCAAUAGCAACAUGUGCUUCAAGGGGCUGAAAUCCCACAAGCUCACAUGGUUCUGA